UCCAGCAGUAUCUCCGUCGUUGUCGCUGCCGCUGGGUAGCAGUUCCUGUCUCGUAGCCGGGAGUGGUGGUCGCUGUGCUCCGCCGGGAGGUCCCGUCCACACCCGGGAUCCAUAGAGGGCGUCACCCCUGCUCCAUCUGUCACCAUUCAUUGUUGUCACUCCGGAGGGGCAGCAGCGGCUCCAUAGACACCGUCAUCGUGACAGCAGCUCCAGGCCUGUGACCAGGGCUCUUCAUCCGGCCGGGGGAGCGCCGCACUCAGCCCGAGAUCGCUCCACAGAUUACGGUGUGGAAGCUCAUGAGCUAUGAGUCAGCUCCCCGGCUGUCCUAUUGGUUGCAGUGUGGUGUUUACCUGUUUUACAUAGCACCUUCCUACCCACCGGCUGAGUCAGCACGCCUCACCAACACACAUAAGUGAAAGAAAGCAGGCGAAGCAGGAUAUUGUGCGUGCCAGCGGGUGGCAGGAGGAGGUUGCCACACUUUGCUCUGGGAUUGUAUUGCUCUCUGCCCGCUCUUCACAGAGGAUUCUUUACCGGGAGCUGAAGAGACAAAAUAAUGAAAACAGUGCACCAAAACUCUUGAUAAGACUGGGGUAUAAGUAACGGCCACGCUCAUGUUUUCUCCUGAUCAAGAAAAUCACCCUGCUAAAGCACCUGUGAAGUAUGGGGAGCUCAUUGUACUGGGUAGGUACAAUGGCUCUCUACCAAACGGGGACAGAGGCAGGAGGAAAAGCAGGUUCGCUUUGCUGAAAAGACUGAAAGCAAAUGGGGUGAAGCCCAGUACUGUUCACAUUGCCUGUACGCCGCAGGCAGCAAAGGCAAUAAGUAACAAGGACCAACACAGCAUAUCCUACACAUUGUCCCGGGCACAGACUGUGGUGGUAGAGUACACACAUGACAGCAACACGGACAUGUUUCAGAUUGGAAGGUCGACAGAAAGCCCUAUUGAUUUUGUGGUAACCGACACAGUUCCAGGAAGCCAGAGUAACACCGAUACCCAGUCCGUUCAGAGCACCAUCUCCAGAUUUGCAUGCAGAAUCAUAUGCGAAAGAAACCCUCCCUUCACCGCACGAAUAUAUGCCGCAGGCUUCGACUCUUCUAAGAAUAUUUUUCUCGGGGAGAAAGCUGCCAAGUGGAAGACUGUAGAUGGACAGAUGGAUGGGUUAACAACAAAUGGAGUCCUUGUUAUGCAUCCACGCAACGGAUUCACGGAGGACUCUAAGCCAGGGGUCUGGAGGGAGAUAUCUGUGUGCGGCAAUGUGUUUAGUUUGCGAGAAACCCGCUCUGCCCAACAGAGAGGAAAGAUGGUGGAAAACGAAAGCAACGAACUUCAGGAUGGAUCCCUUAUCGAUCUAUGUGGAGCAACUCUGUUAUGGCGUACAGCUGAAGGACUUUCCAGAACUCCGACUGUGAAACACUUGGAAGCCCUGAGACAGGAAAUCAACGCAGCGAGACCUCAGUGCCCUGUCGGUUUUAACACACUAGCUUUUCCCAGCAUGAAAAGAAAGGAUGUGGUCGACGAGAAACAGCCUUGGGUCUACCUGAACUGUGGGCAUGUGCAUGGCUACCACAACUGGGGGAAUAAAGAAGAACGGGACGGCAAAGACCGGGAAUGUCCAAUGUGUCGUUCAGUGGGACCCUACGUUCCUCUAUGGCUGGGAUGUGAAGCUGGAUUUUAUGUGGAUGCGGGCCCACCUACUCAUGCCUUCAGCCCCUGUGGACACGUCUGCUCAGAGAAAACAACUUCCUACUGGUCCCAGAUCCCUCUCCCUCACGGUACUCACACUUUCCACGCAGCGUGCCCCUUCUGUGCACACCAGCUUUCAGGAGAACAAGGUUACAUCAGACUUAUUUUCCAAGGACCUCUAGACUAAGUUGCUUCAAACUUUUUUUAUUUUAUUUUUCCUUUUGUCAGGGCUUGCACUGAACACACAAGCUAAGAUGGGUUUAGUUUGCUUUUUUCCUGUGGACUUUUCCGACUUACUAGGACCCCCUCAGCAAGUUUGCAUCGGAAAAGGAACACGACAGAAGGACGGAGAACCAAUGAAGAGAAAUGGGAAAACACAAAAAUAAAACAAAAAAAACUUUUCUGUGCAACCAGACAUUUCAAAACGGAAUUAUGCAGAUCUGAUACAAAUGCCUUCAUUACUCUUUUCUGAAUGACCCGCCUCAGUAUUAAAUUAUUUUGUGGAAACUGGGGAAGAAAACAGUCAGCUCAAACUACAUUAGUUUACAGUUCAACACACAUUGUAAAUUAUAGCAUAUGACAAUUUUUUUGUAUUUAAAUUUAGUACGGAAAAAUUCCCAGUGACUUGAUAGAAUCGUCCUGCAUACUGACUCCGUGUACACUUUGGAUACUUAAAGUAGCCCAGGGACAAGUCAUCGCAACGCAAAUAAGGACAGCGUUCAGCGGUUUCUUUUUUGUUUUCCGCCACGGGACGGGCACAUCUCACCAUCGAAUCAUGUAACCAGUUCACCUGAGGGAUCUGUAAAUACGUAGCUCAUUGAUGUCCUCCAUGUUUUAGUCUUAUCAGAUGCUAGACAGUGUGCAUAUGUUUGCAACAUUUCAGGGUUUUAUUUAUCGUAAGUUUUAUUCAGAUUUCUAUUCCUGAAGUACUUGUGACAUUAUGUGUUUUUGUCCUUUUAUUUUUAUUUUUUGAGCCAUUAUUUUGGGGUUUUACCAUUGUAUUGUGAGCAGGCGAGAACCUUUUGUACACUCAAAUAUUUGUCGGGGACAUUUAAAUUUAUUUUUUUUCUCACGGGCCUACAUCCUCUUGCUAUUAACCCUGUCAGUUCUGAGUUCCAGCGGCAGAUCGUAGAGUAGGUUACUUUGUUUGUUUUAUUGCAUGAUUCUAUGAUUGUAGCAUAGCAUUAGCUUUAAAGGAGGUAACAGGACAUAAGUCUUUUCUUUAUCGGUGAAGUGUGUGCAAUCUUGGAAUACAGUACGCACGAGUGGAAUGGUUUUUAGUGAUUUUGCCGGCAUGGGUUUUUUUUAUUUUAAUUUUUUUUUGUUACUUUUGUCUUUUUGCACGCACUCAGGAAAAACUAACUACACGGCUAGCUACAAUAUUUCCAUUGUGUGGCAUAUGUCAAUUAGAGCCUGAAAUCUCAUCAAGGAGAGUGUCUUAAGCUGAUCAUACACAUUAGAUUAGUACAGGCAGAACCACCAUGAUGUGUAAGGGAGGGGGGCUACCAGAGCUUUGCUGGUAUCUGUCCUCUGUGAGAGAAUGAAUGGGCUGUUGCAAACACCACCACUACCCCCCCCCCCCCUCCCCAAUAUUAGUGGACAUACGUGUUUGGCUGAGCCAACGAUGUAUGCCCACGGGGCGUUAGCUGUCAGUUGUAUAUAUUUCAGCUGGCUGGUAUCUAUAAAUAUGUGCAGCUUCAGUGUGUGCCCUCCUUUAUACAGGACGGGAAGACAGACAUUUUCUUCAUAAUUGAGAAUGUAACCUAUCAAUCGAGUAGGACAGCGUUUCCCAACCAGGCUACCUCCAGCUGUUGCAAAACUACAACUCCCAGAAAGCCUUUGGCUGUCCAGGCAUGCUGGAAGUUGUAGUUAUGCAACAGCUGAAGCACCCUGGUUGGGAAAGAGUGUACUAGAAAGUACAUUUACAUUUUAACAUGAAUAUCCACUCUUAGUUUAUUUAAAUAAGUUGCAAAUUCUGUGCUUAUUUCUUAAGGGUUAGGUCCGGGUGUGGCGGUAAAAUCCACAGCAGCAUGUUUAUGACUCCAGUGUCGGAGAUAAUAAAAAAAAAAAAAAAUAAUCUCAUACACCUGUCUGGCACUGUAAUCCAAUGCGGAUUUUUGCAUAGAAAACUGCAGUUUUUUUGCUUUAUCGAUUCCAAUGGGCUUGGACAGUCUCUGUAUGUUGGUAAAGUCCCUUUUUAAAGAGGACCUGUCAUCAAACCAUAUUUUCUAAAUAAACUCAGAUUACAUUCCCUACUCACUACUACUACUACUCCUAACACCCCUCCUGCCCUAAAAAAUAAAAAAAAAUUCCAAGCUUCAAAAAGCUGUGUAUCGUACCUUUCCCCUGCUCACAUUGUGUGAGCUCCCGGCAGAAGAAAGUGGGCGUUCCCCAGCAGGUGUGAUGUCACUGAAGCCUGCAAAAGCUGUGCCUCACCAUGCCCCACACGCACUUCCUGAGCUUGGUCUACUGCCAGGCCGGGAAGAGACCAAACUAACUGUUUGACUUGCAGCAGGGAAGAGAACAGAGCCACCUUGUGCCCGUUUUUUUCAAUCCCAUUAAAAACAUAUAGAGAAACAGAGAAUUUUCACAGCAAGUAAAUAGCAAAGUGUCUUAUAAUUACAUAAGGAACAAUAUAUUAAAUGUUGUUUGGUGACACAUACUCUUUAAUAAGUGGAUCAGUGAAAAGGGAAGAAGUCCAGCGCUCAGUCCAAAACGCUAUCAAAGAUCCAUCGAAAUAGUAUAGCAGACAAUGGAAAAGCAUUUGUGUUUUUGUGUCAUCACAUCUUCUGUACUAUUUUAAUGGUUCCUUAGUAAACUAUGACAUUUUAAAGUUAAACAGAUUUGUAAAUUACUUCUAUUAAAAAAUCUUAAUCCUUUCAGUACUUAUGAGCUUCU